AUGGCGGAGCUCCUCGACGUCUUCUCGGGUGCUGAGGUGGACGGUGACCGCGGUGACGACGACGACCAUGAUGACCACGACCCAUCCAAGCCGGCGGCCGCCCUCCACCCAGACCACUGUCGUCCCCCUUCCCAAGCACUCCAGAGCGGCGCCACCGAGACGCCACUCCAGACCACAAGCGGCGACCACCCUCCUCCGCCGAAUGUCUUCCCUCACCACCACCCAUCUCGCGAGCUUCCUCCCCGACCAGGCCUCCUCCCCACAAGCUUCACCAGAGAACCUAGCGGGGACCCCUCCUCUACGUCCUCUACCCCAGGCAGCGGAGCGUCGACCCUCCUCGCAAGCAGCUCUGCCUUUCCCCGGACAGCGCUGCCUUCUCUACUUCCUUGCUCCAACCACGAGAAUUUGACAGGGUUACUAAAAUGCGGUGUCUACCUUGUUUUGGACAAACUUGAACUCCAGGUCUACCGGAGAUUAGUGAAGAAAAUGUUUCCCAAAGAUACACUACUUGAUGGAGAUUUGGAUGAUCUACAAGCUGCUGAAGGUUUGCAAGAUCUACUAUUAAGUUGGUGGAGUGAUAAUGUAAUGCGCCUUGUUUGGUGAACCUGGAGACAUUGACAAGUUCUGCUCAUUUUGGUGGUUGUUUUGGCACAUAGGCCACUAUAUGGCCAUUUUGGUUGCGUGACACAUUUAGAAACAUAUAUACUUCUCCCUUUGUGGAACUACUUCAUUUUGGUUGUGUGGCACGUGUAUCUAGAAACAUUUAUGUACUCUUUUUGUGGCACAAUCUGCUUAUAUACAUUCUUAUGUUUAUGGAAUGAAGUUUAAGGUUUC